GGAAGGAAAUCUGGCAUUCGCAGCAGGUUCUGGGAAGGAGGGGGGAAUACCUCACUUGCAGUGUCAUCAACUUUCAAGGAAAGCGAAAGAAGAACUAUUCCCCUUCCAUCACAACAGGAAGUUAGAGGUUGAGACUGCUGCCUUGUCUGAAGAGUGGAAAAGACAAGUGAACCAGCUUAAAGCCAGAGAACCAGCCUUUUGAGAGACGUUGUCAUCAUUAAAGGACAGAAAAGUCAAACUGCACAACUACCAGAAAGGAUGUUCCACAAGGCUACUAAGUCAUUGGCUAAACAACUGGACCCAGAAGGAGACUUGAUUCCCGUAUACUGCCUUCUAGAUCAAAAGCAUUUCAGACCUCUGUGCCUGGUUCAAAGGAAGAGCAAGAACCCAUGGUGGCAGAAAGGCCGUUACCAUAAAACUGACUACAAGCUACUUGAUGUACUGUUCCCAGGAAACCAAUCUGCACAACUAGGUUUUCUGUCCCCAGAUAUCUAUGAUUCAGAUCCAAUCACUAUUGUGGACAAUGUGGAUGGAAAAUUGGAGGGGGAUGUGAGUGUGACUACUGACCUAGCAACUUUGGAGUUGAAGAGCAGUGCCAGCAUGUCUCAUGCAAGGUCUGUGAAAGUGAAAAAGAGGCACAUCAGUUCCCACGUCCUUGAUUCUCUAAAUGGAGACAGUAAAAUCAGCUUGGACCACCAGCUCAUUAAGCAAUCAGAGAAGUUCCGAAGGGAUCUAUAUGUUGUCACUGAGACGGUCGAGACUGUGGAAGAGGCUGAGUUUAGAGAAAACAGCAAAACAGAAGGCAGCAUCCUUGCUGAACUUCGCCUCAGAACGAAAAUGACGGGUCUCAGAGAUAGCAAAAAAGCUGUAAUUGUCCCAAAGGACUGCAUCCUGGCAUUCAGGGUCAAACGAUUAAUAAUCAGAGGAGAAUCGUUGGGUAUUUCAAUCUUUCCAGAGGACCCAAGACUAACUUUUCAAUCAUGCAAAGGUGGAUAUCUUGCUGAUGGAGCAGCAACACAACAAAUAACAGAGUCUGGACACAUGGAAAUCACUAGAGGUGGAAAGCCACAUUUAGUUGUGAAAAGCAAGAGAGAACACCCGCUCAAAGAAGUUGAACAGGAAUGUGCACCACUCCGUUUACUGUCUACGGAUCUGCAUGUCAAGUUUUUAAAUGGCUUUUUGGCUGUUGUCAGAAAUAACGACCUUUUGCAAGAACUAGAACUCCAGCUGGAGCAGGCUCUUGAUGGGAUUAAUCCAAUCAAGUUGAAGACUCACAGACCAGAGUUGCAAGGACUGGUGGAGAAUGUACAAGAUUCCACUGGAGCCGUUUGCCCUGCCAUUGGUGAAGCAGUCCUCUACUUUCUUCAGGCUCUGGAUGAAUUGUCAGAAUCUGAGUUGCUGCUUCUGGAAGAAUCUGUGGAAAGGAAAAUGGUGCCUAAGCAGGUGCCUCUGGUACAUCGCAUCCUAGAAAAUGAUUUCAGCAAUAAAAAAGGGACGCUUACUAUAGAUACCCAGAAAGAGUUUGCUUUCAUCGAAGACGAGCUGGACAUAAUGGAGGCUAUGAUCAAGUUAAGCGGAGUGACAGUCCAAAGAAAUGGAGCCAGUCUUGCUAUGACUGGGAACCCUGAUGCUUUCUUGACCCUCGGUGCAUUGUAUGUUGUUUUGUAUGUCCUGAAUCUUCUUUCCAGUUGAGGUGGCUAAUAUUUCACUCAAACGUGUACUGCAAAACACAUUUUCAUUAGCUGUAUUCAGUUCAAAUCCUAUCAAUGUGUAUGUAGUUAUGAUUUUAUGCCCCAGUAUGCAUGACUUUAGGCUUACAUUCAGUUGCCCAUUCACCUCCUUUGGGCAGGUCUGCUCAGAGUUCUUUACAACCCACUUGGGUUUCCAGCAUACUGAAGAGUUUGGUGUAAUCCACUAACUUCACCAUCUCACUGUUCAUUCAACUCUAAAUCAUUUAUGAAUAGACUUAGUGUUACAUUUCAACUGAAGCCCUUGACACUGAGGGUCAAGCUAGACAUGCUGUUUUUUAAAAGAGUUGGUCCUGAGGGGGUCCUCCAGACCCUCAAGCCUUUUCCACAUGUAAAAAUAGCAGGGGAGGGAAGUUUUUCCCUUUUUCUUCUCCUCCAUGUGGAAUAUUCUGUGCACGUGGAACACUAAAAAUGGGGGGAGUGCUAUUAUGACAUGGGAAAUGGCUUGAGGGGGGAGGACCACCACCAUGAAGAGGCAUUCUGAGACCAUUUGGGUUCUCCACUUUUAACAGUUAUUCCUCAAAGCUGCUGUGUGGCUGCAGGGAACUCAAGUUAGGUCUGGGGAACUCAGGCCCAACUCUAAAAACCUGCACGACUAGCUUGACCCUGGGACCCCAUCAUUGCUUGCUUCUUUACGCUGUGAAAAAUGUCCAUUUACUUUGAUACUUUUCACAUUUCCUUCCAGUGCUCUUCACAUUUCUUAUCAACAUCUGUUCAGCUAUGAAAUCAAUCUCAGUUAUUCCUAACUGUUAAUUCAUACACUUGGCCAAUAGUCUGUGUCUUGGCUGUGUUAUCUAGCCUGCUUGUGUUUUCUGUUCUCUGCCAUAGAUUAAUUCAUUGUCCUUGGGAAACAUUUUCAGUGCCUCAUUUGUGAACUGAGGGAAUAUUGUCUAGAAUGUCUUUUAAAUGCUUAAUUCCAUAACAGUAUCCGUUAUGUGUAAGUUAUACAUGUCAAAAAGUGUAGGGCUGCAAAUGGACCCUGCUGCUUAAAUUAGCUACUUGAGUAUUUUUUUUAACCAGGACAUACCAGGUUCUAUUCCUAACCCACUAUUUGGGCCUGGAUCAGGCUCUUAAACCCCGCACUUGUGUUUGCUUUUUAAAAGACAGAUACUGUAAGCCUGACAAUUGCUUUUCCAGACCAUGGAACACCCCAACGCUCAGCUACAGAUAUCAUGGGACAAAAUUAAUAGCAGUGGGCAAACUAGCUCUUAAAGAAACUUAUCAAACAUUACAGAUCUUCUAACUCAGAAACCCCCUACAGUUGCCAGCUCCAGGUUGGGAAAUUUCUGGAGAUUUGGGGGUGGAUUCUGGGAAUGGCAGGGUUGGAGGACCAAAGGAAACUCAGCAGGGUAUAAUGCCAUAGAAUCCAACCUCCAAAGCAGCCAUUUUCUCCAGGGCAACUGAUCUCUGUAGUCUGGAGAUCAAUUGUAAUUCUGGGAGAUCUCCAGGCUGCACCUGGAGGUUAGCAAUCCUACCUGAUAAGCAUCCAAAGAACCUCAAGUUUCCAAAAUGCAUCUUGAAAACCACUUAAGUAUACAACAUGGCUCUCCACGACUCCACAAAAUGAAGAUCAGGAAUAUCUUAAAUCAAACCCCACAGUAACUCAAAUCCCAACUGUGCACCAAAAGGCAGAGAAAUUACUGCAUAAGUGUUAGAUUUUUACAGCUGAAGUGUUAUUAGCUAGCAAGCAUUCCUAAUAGGGAAAAAAACAAAAAUUUACUAAGGUAAUUUAGGAGAAUAUAUGAAAUAAAAAACACCACCCAUAUCUAAUAUUUUUUGACUAGAAGUCUAAGAAGUAUUUUUGAACCACAGAAUUUCAUAUCUACACAAGGAGAAUAAUAGAACAUUUUUUAUUAAUUUCUAUCUCUGCCACCAUAAAAAUUCCUUGUCACAACAGGGGAAUCAUUACUCUUUGAGUAUUGGCAGGAAAGCUGUAACCAGAACCACAAAUUGGUCCACAAAGAACCUCCCAAGCUGGAGAUGAAGAGUUAAAACACUCAGCUUGCUAAUGCGCAUGAAGGAAGAACCAGGAGCUCAUAGCGACUGAUAGCCAGUACCAAGCCUUUGAGUUUUCUGCUACCUUAAGCCCACUUCUCCAGGGGAAAUGUUGAAGUAAAAAUACUGUUCAGCUAUAGGAUUAGCAAAUCUGGUUUCUUUUUAAUGCUCUGCAACGUCUCUAGCUAUUCUCUGAUCAAUUCCCAUUUAUCUGUGUUUGGUUAUGCUUAGAAAUUAAAGCUUUUACUUUUAAAGCUCUGGCAGCUCUUAAUGGUAACCUAUGUGCCUAGCCACUCUUUCAUGGAGGAACAUCAAGAGCUAGCCUGGCUUAGAGGAAAAGCUGGGGCUAGAGGACAGAAGGAGAUUCAUUGUCACUCAUACCACACACACAAAUCCCCUUUAAUGAAUCAGGGCACUGGGAUGCAUCUGGGAAGUUAAGAUACCCUGAUUGGUGACAGUCCACUGAAGAGGGACCCCAAGCAUCUCAAGGAAGGGCCUGGGGAAGAAAAGAUUCUCCUUAAGGGAGUGGAAAUUCCUCAUACACAAGGUUAUACUUGAAGCUGGACUAUUAUAAUGCACUCUACAUGGGUCUCCCAUUAAAGACAACUUAGAAACUCCAGUUGGAACAGAAUGCUGUAGCUCUGUUACUAUCAGAUAUCAGGCAGAACAGGCACGUUCCACCCAUUCUGUAAAUAUUCCAUUGGUUACCAAUCAAUUUCAGUCAGAGUUCAAUUCAAGGUUCUGGUUAUAACCUAAAAAGUUCUUAAUGGCCACAUAUCUACAGGACUGUCUCUCCCACAAUGCUCUGCUGCUACAGCUUCACUCAUCUGAGCAAAUCCUUCUAAAAAUGCCACUCUGCCAAAUGGGUAAGAUCAGCAGCUGUCCAUUCACAUGCAUUCUUAGUGGCACACACACACACCCCUUGUAGAACAGCCUGCUUGAGUAGGUCAGGAAGGCUCUCACACUUGUAUCAUUCCACAGAAUCUGCAAAACUCUAAUGUUCAAGGGGGCUUUUUAAAAAAGAGAUUAACAUUGUAGUAGGAUGAAACUACUGUCCAGGAAGGCAACUUUAUAAUGGAACAGGAUUGUAGUCUACAGCAAUUUUUAUAAUAGGUGUCAUCUUGCUUUUACUGCAUUGUCUUACGCAUUGUGACCCCACUCUCUGUAUUGCCUUAGAUAAUUUGUUCACGUUCUCUCAUUCUGUAAUUCCUAGUUUCCCCAGUGGCUCUAACGACCAGUGGUAGGCUGGGCUUAAAGAGGCCCAGCCUACCAUUUCAAUGCUCAUCCAGAUCUUUGUGGUUUAUUAUACCUAAGCAGAAAGAACUACCUGAGCAGGUCUAAGAAGCAAAUGAAUACUUCAUUAAAGAAAGGGAUUAUGUCAUCAUUGCCUAUGAGGAAGUUGCAAAACCUCUCCUGAAGAAGCCAUUCCUAAACCCAAAUGAGCUGAAAAACUAUGACUCAGUGGUAUGUCCUGAUUGGUAGGUAUGUUAAAAUACCUAGCAGCAAAAUAAAAAACAAGAGUCCAGUCUGGGGUUGUCAGUUUCAGGUUAGGAAAUUCUUAUAAGGAAUUUUUUAUGACCCCUAGUCUAAAAGACCUAUGUAUGAGCAUUUAUUGGAGCUGCCAACACAGAAGGUAAGCUUUUGCUUGUAAGCAGAUUCCUUCGGACACAGUUUAAAACACUGAACACUGUAGGAUAGAAAGCCCUAUUGCAACCAAAACAUUGUUUUGACUUUAUACUCAAGAAUUUACAUUGGAUAAGCACACUCUCAGGAACACGCCCAAAAUUCCAGUAUGGCACCAGACAUGUUUAUAUUAGAGAUUUUUCUGUCUUGUCAAUCAGGACUGUUUUGGUGCCAUGUCUCCUGAAGAAUUUGAUUCUGAAGAAUUGUUUGUAUCUAGUUUUGUAUAACAAUUUUAUCUUGUAUUCUGUAAACAAUUAGCUUUGCAAAGUACGUAAGAUCCUCGGCUAUGGCUGAUCUUUAUGCACAUGUCCUAAUGAGAGCAUUUGCACCUGUGCUUUAUUAUUAAUAAAACUCAUAUUUCUUCAUUGA